AUGGUCUCCGCAGAUCUUUAUCAUAAAGUGGGAGGUGAGCUCGUGUUGAAGCCAGACAAGUCCACAGUGCUUGGCCCCAUCACAAGCAUCCUAUGGAAGCAUGGGAAGAACAAGGUGACAGAGUGGGACAAUCACUUUGGUCUGGACAUUUAUGUUCCCUUCAAAGAGCGCACAACCCUGGACCUGGCUACUGGAGAGCUGAGAAUCAGUGGCUUGACGAAAACAGACAGUGGAGUUUUUUCUGUGGAGUUCAACAGCAAACUGCUUGACAAGACAUAUAAACUAUCUGUUAUCAAGGCAGUCCCCAAACCCACAAUCACUUCUUCCUGUAACCCAGAUAAAACCUCCUGCAUUCUGUCCUGUGAAGGCGACACCACUGAUGCUGAACCCAUCACCUACAGCUGGAAAGUGGGAGAGGGGGAGUGGGAGGUCUUAGACAAACAGCUGAAUAUCUCUAAAAGCGACACUAGCAAACCAAACAAUGGUUACAAGUACAUCUGCAAGCUGAAUAACUCUGUUAGUGGGGAAGGGGAAGUCAGUGAGCCAGUUGUAGAGGUGUUUGUCUCAGCAGCUGAAGCCAGCGGAUCCAACAGUCCUAAAGAUGAGUCAAAGCCUGAGGGGGUUAAGGUUCCGCAAACGGCCAACCCCAAAACAGGGGAAGACGACGCAGACAAAGCUGGAAAGGGGCAGGGGAAGGGAGGUGGGGAAGUGAGGACCACAAAAAUGGGGUUUGAAGGCUCUCAGUACAUGCCUCCAAAUCUGUUACAUUGA